ACACACGUAUUCAUUUUUUAAACUCAAAAUUCGAAAAUUUGUGCAUUUUUAUAACGUGUGACAAUAAAAAAAAAUAUAUAAAAAUAUUAGUGAACGCUAUUUAUCCGUCUUUAGUACCGCCCAAUAGCUGUGACGUAAUCCCAAAGCAACAAACAUGGCGGCGCUCUUCAUCAGCGUGAGUCGGGAGCUGAUGAUCAUUACUGAACGGAGGUCAUUACUACUGAGGGGCUGUAACAGUGUAGUUGUAAAUACGAGGAGAUUUAUCCGAGGUCUCAGACGGAGACCUGUAGCAGUGCUUUAUCCCGGUGAUGAACGUGAGACUGUCAUUAAACCAGCUGACCAAAGCAAGCAGCCCAAACAUGACCCUGAGACACAGAGGAAACAUCCUCACAAGGCAGAUGAACGCAGGUCUAAAGAGAAAUCCUCGGAGUCAGGGCAGACUGGGGUGGGCAGGUCUGGUGGAAAUCUGCCCAGUGUGAGAGAGCAGCUGGGCGGCCUGCGCUUCGACAAAGCUCUCCCUGGAGACAAGAGACUCGCGAAGAUGGUGAGCAUCGCCCGCUCCAGGGCAUUUCGAGAGAAGGAGGGCAAAGUGCUGCUGGAGGGAAAGCGUCUGAUCUGCGACGCCAUGGCUGCUGGAGCGUCUCCUCAGGUGCUGUUUUUCAGCAGGGUGGAGCGCCUGCGAGAGCUUCCUCUGGACAAACUGGGCCAGGCGUCUCUGGUCAAGGUCAAAUUUGAGGACAUCAAAAUCUGGUCUGAUCUGGUCACCCCACAGGGGCUUAUCGCCAUAUUCUCAAAGCCAGAUGAAUCUCGGCUCACAUUCCCCAAAGAUCUUCGUCUCCAGUCCGUCCCCUUGUUCCUGAUCUGUGAUAAUGUGCGAGACCCAGGGAGCCUGGGCACCAUCCUGCGCUGUGCCGCUGCAGCCGGCUGCGAUCGUGUCCUCCUCACUCAAGGCUGUGUGGAUCCAUGGGAGCCAAAGGUUCUGCGUGCCGCAAUGGGGGCCCAUUUCCGUCUCCCCAUGUUGUCUGGUUUGACCUGGGACACCAUUUCAGAGCACUUACCGAAGCCAGUGACUGUCCAUGUUGCAGAUGAUGCAAGCACAAGGAGCAGUGACACAGAGGUUCAAAAGCCAGGAAAGAUGUGCAAUAAUGCUGUCUUGGAGGAGUACACUGAGUCAGACUCUGAUGAAUCUGAUGAUGAACUGUCUCUUCCACGCAUAGAGCAGAAGGUGUAUCAUGAGAACUGGGCACAGAGAAAAACCGCUCUAGUGAUUAGUGGUGAGACACAUGGACUGAGCUCGGAGGCUCUCCAGCUGGCUGAGGAAACAAAUGGUUAUGAACUCUUUGUUCCUAUAGCUCCAGGAGUCGAGUGUCUGAAUUCAGCCAUGAUGGCUAGUAUCCUGCUAUUUGAAGGGCGGAGACAGUUGAUGAAAUUUACACAGAAAGCAAGAAGAAAAAAAUCCAUCAUCGAUUGAUCAGUAAUUCUCUAAUACAGCUCUAAUGUUAAACAGGUCAUUGGAAUUAAAAGUUAUUUCUGACAUUUC